AUGUCUCUCAACGCCUACAUCAACAAGAAAGUCCUGAUCCUCACGGUGGACGGACGGACGCUCCUCGGUACACUACUAUCCACCGACCAGCUGACGAAUCUGGUGCUCUUGGACACGAUCGAACGCAUCAUCCGGACCCCCGACGACCCAGAGCCGAGUUCGCAGAUCGAGCAUGGGCUGUACCUCAUCCGCGGCGACAAUGUGGUAGUCUGCGGCGAAGUGGACGAGGGCAUCGACAAUGAUAUCGAUUGGAGUAAAGUGAAAGGCGAAGUGGUUCGCAGCACGAAAAACGCAUGA